AUGCUAUUGGUCCUGCCACUAACCAUACAGUACAUACGCACCGAACAUGUCGCAAACGAACUUUCUGGAUUAGAUCCCAGGAUCUUCGACUCUGGCAAUCUGCUAAAACCGCGUCAUCAUGAGCCAGCCAUGACGGCCAUUCAUACGCCGCCGAAUCAAACACUGGGCUUCAGCUUCGAGACGCAGGGCUUUGCCACAAAUCGAGUCGUAUCCAAGCAUUACCGAGGCGUCGUCGAGACAGACCGAGCACAAUCCCAGCCAGACAGAACCGUAUUCCAGCAUGACAGGAGCGCACCCCUUGCAAGAUCCGAACCCAACAAGCCAUCGUAAUCAUUCGACCUGGCCAUCGACAACA